AUGCACGCCCUCUCGCUCCUCAUCGCCGCCGGCGUUGCCGUCGCUGCUCCAGCCUCCAAGCCGCAGCAAACUCCUGCGGUGACCAACAUCCAGGUCGGUCCGCGACCUUUCUGGCUCGUCGACCAGAUGGACGAGAGCCCGCUCAAGGAGAAGCUCGAGUCGUGCACCGAGAAGCCCAUCCACCACGCGCCUUUCUUCUCCAUCUCCCACCGCGGUGGCCCGCUCCAAUUCCCCGAGCACAGUCGCGAGGGACUCUAUGCCGGUGCUCGCAUGGGCGCUGGUGUCUUAGAGUGCGAUGUCGCAUUCACUAGCGACCGUCAGCUCGUGUGCCGCCACUCGCAGUGCGACCUGCACACCACCACCGACAUCCUCCUAAUCCCCGAGCUUGCGAAGAAAUGCACUACGCCUUUCCAGCCAGCGACAAAGGACUCUGAGGCGACAGCCAAAUGCUGCACCUCCGACAUCAGCCACGACGAAUUCCUCUCGCUGUGCGCCAAGAUGGACUCGUCCAACCCUAACGCCACGACCCCAGAGGAAUACCAGUACGGUGGCCCCAGCUGGCGCACAGAAACAUACGAUAAUUGCGCUACCACCGUGGACCACAAAACCUACAUCGAAAUCACCAAGAGCCUGGGCUUGCAGUUCACCCCGGAGCUCAAGACCCCCCAGGUCAAGAUGCCCUUCCAGGGCAACUACACGCAGGCGAUCUACGCCCAGCAGCUCAUCGACGAGUACAAGCAGGCCGGCAUCAGCCCCUCGCGCGUGUGGCCACAGUCCUUCCUCGAGGACGAUAUCCUGUACUGGAUCAAGGCCGAGCCCAGCUUCGCCAAGCAGGCCAUCUACCUCGACCCGCGCGUCGACACGGAAGAGGGCUACCAGACGGCCGUUUCCGACAUGGAGAAGCUGUACAAGCAGGGCGUGCGCACCCUGGCGCCGCCCAUCUUCGCUCUGCUGAACGGCACGAACAGUGGGGAGAUUGUCCCCUCGACGUACGCGAAGGCUGCGAAGAAGGCUGGCUUCGACCUCAUCACUUGGUCCCUGGAGCGCGCGGGACCCCUCAAGCAGGCUGCUGCGAACAAAGAUUACUACAUCUCGACCAUCGCGGAUGUGAUCAAGGGCGAUGGUGAUAUGUAUCGCAUUGUCGAUGCGUUGACCCAAAAGGUUGGUGUCAAGGCCAUCUUCUCCGACUGGCCCGCCACAGUGACCUACUACGCCAACUGCUUCGGACUGAAAUGA